AUGCGGGGGGGCAACGUUAACGACCGUCGAGAUUUGGACCGUGGUGUUGUACCUGUUCUGCCUGUGACAAAUAGUUUUAGAUAUCCUACAGGUGAAAAAAUAAUCAAUAUUCGAUGUACGCAACUUCCAAUUGUGCCAGGAUGGGCAUUCACAGAUUUCAAGGUGCAAGGAAGCUUUUUAGACCGAGUCAUUGUGGAUUUGACAUGGGCGCGUUCCCUUCAGAGUAUCUAUGUAAUGUUAUCGCGCACACCUAAAUUGAGCCACGUAGCAAUUCUGAGAUGGUUUUCAUCUAGGACACUGAAUUCUGACUUACAAGGUGACGCAUGA